GAUGAGAAAUUCCCAAUUCCCAAACUCUCUCUCUCCCCCUCUGAACUAGUAGUUUCGAACUCCAUAGAAAACUUGAGUUCAGUACUGUCGCAGAGUUUGAAGAAGAAGAAGAAGAAGAAGAAGAAGAAGUAGCGAGUGGAGAGAGAGAGAGAGAGAGAGAUGGGGAAGUACAUGAGGAAAGCUAAAGUGAGAGGAGACGUGGCGGUGACGGAAGCGGUCUCGCAGUCUCUCGGCGUUCGAACGAGGGCUAAAACCCUUGCUUUGCGGAGGCUUCAAUCGGCAAGGAAAGACGAUUCAUCAUCUUACCUUCAGCUUCGUAGUCGGAGGCUCGAGAAGCUUCCUCCGUCGCUGAACGGCCCGGAGAAGCAAAGCCAGCAGCAGGAGCGGCAACAAUCGAGAAUACCAGAGGUUUGCGCGGAAGACCCUAACCCUAGCUCCAGGAUGAGGCCCAGGCCGAUGAACUCAGGCUCUAUUGGCUCCGUCUCAGUUAGCCGUUCCAAGAUUGAACGAGUGCAAGGGGUUGCCGUUGAAUUUUCUGGUAGGGGAAGUGACGAGGGUGGAACAGAGGGUUGCAAUGAUUUGGGGAUGGAAUUUGAGCCUUCCUUUGGAGAGAAUAAUCUGGAGCUUGAUGCCAGAGAGAGGAGCACUAGGGAAAGCACGCCUUGUAGCUUGAUAAGGCAGUUGGAUGCAGUGGGUACCCCUGGUUCAACAACAAAGCAGACAGCUCAAACUGCGAUGAAUCAAAGAAUUCAAAAUUCCCUGCAAAGAAACGUCCCAACUAAUGAAUUGGAAGAUUUCUUUGCCCAAGCAGAGCGGCAGCAACAACUUCUGUUCACCGAGAAGUAUAACUUCGAUGUGGUGAAUGAUUUGCCCCUCCCGGGUCGUUACAAAUGGGUGAGAGUAAGCCAGUAAGCAAGUUCAUAACUUAACAUCAUCAAUGUUUAGCAGCUGAAUAUCUAAGCCCGAACAGCUGCAGAGGUGUGUAGUGUAAUGUAAUGAAUCUGUAAAUUCUGUACCAUACGCACAGCUAAUGCUGAUGAACUGCAAACUAACCAAGUGCUAGAGUGGGAAAUGCAAGUCCUAAUCCUCUGAUGGGGGGGGGGGGGGGGGGGUGUCUCAUUUGUGGGAUAAUAUAUCAAUCAAAUCAUCAGGAUUUCAAUGUUUUUCAUUGCCUGCAAGGUGUUUUAUGUUUUUGGGGUGCCCCCAUCCAUCUUUGUCUAUAUUGAUGAUGGUAAUUCAUUCCUCUGUUUGGGCCCCUGCAAUGCAGUUGCCUCCCCCUCCAUCAAUAAUAUGAAUGCAUAUAAGCUGCACUUCUAAUUAAA